AAACAAAACAUCACAUUUAAUCGGUUCCGGUAGAAGCUGAAGUCGGUCCGAGGACCGAAACACACCGAACAGAAGCACUCACACACACCGGCACACAGGCGCUCCGACAACGGGUCACUGCCGCUGCUGCCGCCGGGAAGAUGUCCGCGGGCUCCGGGAGCAGAAACACGAACACGGAACCGUGGGGAAGCUUCGAUGACAACCUGAUCCAGGGCAGCUCGGCCGUCAUCGACAUGGAGAACAUGGACGACACGUCGGGUUCGAGCUUCGAGGACAUGGGCGAGAUGCACCAGAGGAUGAAGGAGGAGGAGGAGGUGACCGCCGAGGCCGCCGCCACCGAGGACGACGCCGCCGACGACGGAGAGUUUCUGGGCAUGAAGGGGUUAAAGGGCCAGCUGGGCCGACAGGUGGCCGACGAGGUGUGGCAGGCGGGGAAGCGUCAGGCGUCCAGAGCCUUCAACCUGUACGCCAACAUCGACAUCCUGCGUCCGUACUUUGAUGUGGAGCCGGUUCAGGUGCGCAGCAGGUUGAUGGAGUCCAUGAUACCCGUCCGGAUGAUCACCUUCCCCCAGAAGAUCGCAGGUGAGCUGUACGGUCCCCUGAUGCUCGUCUUCACUCUGGUGGCGAUUCUGCUGCACGGCAUGAAAACAUCAGGAACUGUCAUCAGGGAGGGGACUCUGAUGGGAACCGCCAUCGGAACGUGUUUUGGGUACUGGCUCGGCGUGUCGUCCUUCAUCUACUUCCUGGCGUACCUGGUGAACGCUCAGAUCACGAUGCUGCAGAUGCUGUCCCUGCUGGGUUACGGCCUUUUCGGUCACUGCGUUGUCCUCCUCGUCACCUACAACAUCCACUUCCACUUCCUGUUCUACGUGCUGUGGCUGCUGAUUGGAGGACUGUCCACACUGCGCAUGGUAGCCGCCCUCCUGUCUCGGACCGUCGGUCAAACUCCUCGUCUGCUGCUCUGUGGAACGCUGUCUCUGCUCCACAUGACCUUCCUGCUCUACCUGCACUUCAACUACCACAAGAUCGUCGAAGGGCUGCUGGACUCUCUUGAAGGACCCAACAUGGUUCCGAUGCAGCGGGUCGCCCGAGAUGUUCCUGAGCUGACGCUGAACGCCACACUGAGGAACCAGGAAGUUCUGCAGGUCCACUGAGACCCAACAUGUUCUCUGUUUUUGUCAGUUCUCCUGGUCUUAAUCUGAGACCUUGAGUUGAGACAUUUGGUUUUCUGUUAACGUUACUCUGAACUGUGUUUGGUGGUUAUUUUAUUGAUCCUGUUUAUUCCUGAUUGAUUGAUUGAUUGAUUGAUUGAUUGAUUGUGUACAGACUAAUAAACCUUCUCUGAGACUCUU